AACUCAGUUCCUUCAUCCCAACACAAAUUCACAAACCUACUCUCUCUCUCUCUCUCGAGUUAUUUUCUCUCUGCUUAAUAUUUUUUCUUCUUCGAUUUGAAAGAAAAAUGAAGACUACAAUUCAAGAGCAAAUUGUUCUUGGAAUUCAAAUGAAGUCAUUGGGUCUUGCAAGAGCUAGAUUGUUGGGUGAUCCCUCAAAAUAUCUCCAUAUAUCUUCUUCAGACGAUGGAUCUCAAUCAAUUAAGAAAUAUAAUGGAAAGGAUUGUAUCUUGAAUAGACUCAAUAAAAAUGGAAAAAAAACAGAUAAUAUCAUUCAUGCGCUUCGAGAACACGUGAAAUUAGGAGCCAAGAUAUCAGAAACAGUGAAGGGAAAGUUGAGCUUAGGAGCAAGAAUAUUGAGAGUUGGUGGGGUAAGGAAAAUCUACAAGAAAUUAUUUUCAAUGAGCGAAGAAGAGAAGCUUUUGAAGGUUUCACAAUGCUAUUUAUCAACAACAGCUGGUCCUUUACCUGGUCUUCUCUUCAUUUCCACUCAUAAAAUUGCUUUUUGUAGUGACAAAUCCAUCAAAAUCGCUUCCCCAAAUGGAGAUCAUAUCAGAAUUCACUAUAAAGUUACAAUUCCCCUAGGGAAAAUAACAAGAGUUUUCCAAAGUGAAAAUGUGAAGAAUCCAUCGGAGAAGUAUAUGGAGAUAGUGACAGUGGACAACUAUGAGUUUUGGUUCAUGGGAUUUUUGAACUAUCACAAGUCAUUCAAUUGUCUUCAAGAAGCACUUUCUUCUCAAGCUUAGAGAAAAAGAAAACGAUUAUUAAUUAUUUGGUAAUUGAAGAUAUGUAUAACGUGGUAAAUUUAAUUAGCACAAUUUUUUUGAAGCAAAUUCAAUAUUAUUUUAAAUUUGUCUUCAAAAAAUCCAACUUAUAAAAUAGAUUAUUGUAUUGAGAUGUGUGGAGUGGAAGUUGAGGAUCAUCAUAAGAUGAAAUGUCAACAAAAGUUGAAAGUUUUGUACAAAUUCUAUGUUUAAUGACAAAAAUUCUAUUUUAUUCUUAAUUUUA